AGAGUUUGGAGCGUUUGCCGCAAACUUUCAUGAAGAGGAAAAAGUGUCUGGGUUAGGGACUUGUCAAGGCCAAUCAGAGCUGAAGUAUGGACGACGGAGUGGAAUCAUUGAACAGCAGAGGUGAGAGUCCUCUGAGCCCGACUCAGCUGACAGGAUUGGGGACGAGCUGUCUCGUCAACCAGAAGUAUAGGCACUGUGGGCCGGGCCUCGCUAGUCCUCAGGAGUACAACCAGUGGCUGCCUUUCCGUCAUGACGCCAGCCUGCUGCCAAUGAAAGAAGAUCUGGCUCUCUGGCUCAACACCAUCAUGGGUGUGGACCUCACCGCCGACAGUCUAAUGGACAGACUGGACAAUGGUGUUCUUCUUUGUCAAAUGGCCCAGUUCCUCCAAGACAAGAUGAGCCACAGUAACAACGGCAAGCCUUUCCCGAGAAGAGUGAUCCACUGGAGAGCUGAUGCAACGUCAGGAUCAUUCUUUGCCAGAGACAACACAGCAAACUUCCUCUAUUGGUGUUGCAAGAUUGGUGUCGACAGUGCCCACCUUUUUGAAUCUGAGGAUUUGGUCCUCCACAGACAACCUCGGGAGGUGUGCCUCUGCUUGAUGGCGCUGGGAAGGAUUGCCGCCAGGUAUGGAGUGGAUCCUCCAAACCUAGUGAAGUUGGAGAGCGAGAUAGAGAGGGAGGAGGCAGGGCACACAUCUCCAUCGGCCCCGCUACCCUUCUCCUUUUUUCCAUCCCCGGCGCUUUCCUCACGAUCACCGACCACUCCUUCCUCACCAGUGCCCCUUACUCCAAGUAUAACCUGUCUUCGUGAAGACCACACCCCCCUCGUCACCUCUGAUCGUCCAUCAGCCACCACAGACCCAAUGCCCAUAUGCUUAUCCCCCCCUCAGUCCUACUUGUCUGGCCCUAAACUCUGCACAACUUCCACACAAACCUCCAACAGCACAUCUACAGCUUCGCUUGGCCACACCCAAACGGCUACAGCAGCAACACCUCCUACAGCCUCCCGGCCGCCAAACCCGAACUAUCAUUCCAAAUACAGCAGCCGAAAGAGCAACAGCACACCCAACAUUUUGGAUGACAUUGUGAGAAACAUAAUCGAAAAUCCACCCUGCAGCUGUCCGAACAGGUUUCCCAUUGAAAAGCAGCCCAAAGGCUGUUAUCGUGUCGGGGAAAAAGUUCUUUACAUACGAAUGCUGAACGAGCGUCACGUUAUGGUACGCGUGGGUGGAGGCUGGGAGACUUUUUUAAGCUACCUGCAGAAACAUGACCCCUGCAGAGGAGGAGCGGUGGUCAGGGGCUGUCGGGACAAAGUAAAGCCACUCGCUUGUCACAUGUCAGCUGACAGCUACAUGGUGGUGAACGCCCAUUACCGAGGCAAGAAGUAGGCUCCUUCAUCCAAGCCAGAGGUGUCCAAAGUGCGGCCCCGAGGGGGGCAUUUUUGACUACACAUUUUAAAAAUAACAUUUUUUAACAAAAAUUUGAAGUAAAAGCGCAAAGAAGUGAAAUGUAAUGAGAAAAACACAAAGCUACCAUGCAGACAUUUUUUUAUUUUUUUUUUAAACUGUCAGUAAUGAAUCAAAAUUAUUGUUGUUGUGAAUUAUUGACCUAUUUAAGGUUCUAAUUAGAGAUGUCCGAUAAAUGCGUUAAAAUGUAAUAUCGGAAAUUAUCGGUAUGUUUUUUUUUAUUAUCGGUACCUUUUUUUUUUCUUUUUUUUUUUAUUAAAUCAACAUAAAAAACACAAGAUACACUUACAAUUAGUGCACCAACCCAAAAAACCUCCCUCCCCCAUUCACACUCAUUCACACUCAUUCACACAAAAGGGUUGUUUCUUUCUGUUAUUAAUAUUCUGGUUCCUACAUUAUAUAUCAAUAUAUCAAUACAGUCUGCAAGGGAUACAGUCCGUAAGCACACAUGAUUGUGCGUGCUGCUGGUCCACUAAUAGUACUAACCUUUAACAGUUCAUUUUACUCAUUUCAUUUUCAUUCAUUCAAUUACUAGUUUCUAUGUAACUGUUUUUAUAUUGUUUUACUUUCUUUUUUUAUUCAAGAAAAUGUUUUUAAUUUAUUUAUCUUAUUUUAUAAAUUUUUUCAAAAAGUACCUUAUCUUCACCAUAACUGGUUGUCCAAAUUAGGCAUAAUAAUGUGUUAAUUCCACGACUGCAUAUAUCGGUUGAUAUCGGUAUCAGUAAUUAAAGAGUUGGACAAUAUCGGAAUAUCGGAUAUCGGCAAAAAGCCAUUAUCGGACAUCCCUAGUGCUAAUUACUUCCCAUCGAAUAUUCCACUUUUGAAUGUAUUUUUAGUGGAAGUUGUUUUACAAAAAUAAGUCUCCAAUUACUUCCAAUCAAAUAUUCCACAUUUGUAAGGGGACAACUAUUGCAUAUUUUGUGUUUUUGCCAUGGAAAACAGAGUUUUGACAAAAAGGGGAUACAAAAUACAAUUAUUUUUUUUUACAUAGACAUAUAGACCGUAAAUUGAUCUCGAGCACGGGUGUCAAACGUACGGCACGUGGGCCGGAUCAGACCCGCAAACAGGUUUUAUCCGUCUCGCGGGAUGAGUUUGCUAAGUAUAAAAAUGAGCCGAAAUUUUUAUUGAAAGAAACUGCUGUUCUAAAUGUGUCCACUAGAUGUCACAAUAGCAAUUCUUUGUAUCUUUGUAGAUGAUGCUACAUAUGUAAAAAAAAACAAAAAAACACAUGAUGUCGUCAAGGAAAAUGAGCAAACUACAUAAAUAACAUCCUGUAAUUUGAUGUUGAUAUUAUUAUUUUUU